CGGCGGCCGCGCUGCAGAGGCCAAGAUGGCGGCGGCGGCGGCGGCUUCGCUGCGCGGGGCGGUGCUGGGCCCACGGGGCGCGGGGCUGCCCGGCGCGCGGGCCCGGGGGCUGCUGUGCGGGGCGCGGCCCGGGCAGCUCCCGCUGCGGACGCCUCAGGCAGUGUCCUUGUCGUCCAAGUCUGGCCCGUCCCGGGGCCGAAAAGUGAUGCUGUCCGCGCUGGGCAUGCUGGCGGCAGGGGGUGCGGGGCUGGCCGUGGCUCUGCACACGGCGGUGAGUGCCAGCGACCUGGAGCUGCACCCCCCCAGCUACCCGUGGUCUCACCGUGGCCUCCUCUCCUCCCUGGACCACACCAGCAUCCGGAGGGGCUUCCAGGUGUACAAGCAGGUGUGCUCCUCCUGCCACAGCAUGGACUACGUGGCUUACCGCCACCUGGUGGGCGUGUGCUACACUGAGGAUGAAGCUAAAGCCCUGGCCGAAGAGGUGGAGAUUCAGGACGGCCCCAAUGAUGAUGGGGAGAUGUUCAUGCGACCCGGAAAGCUGUCUGACUACUUACCCAAACCGUACCCCAACCCUGAGGCUGCCAGAGCAGCCAACAACGGAGCCGUGCCCCCUGACCUCAGCUACAUCGUGCGAGCUAGGCACGGUGGCGAAGACUACGUCUUCUCCCUGCUCACGGGCUACUGUGAGCCGCCCACCGGGGUGUCGCUACGAGAAGGCCUGUACUUCAACCCCUACUUCCCUGGCCAGUCCAUUGGCAUGGCUCCUCCCAUCUACGACGAGGUCUUGGAGUUUGACGAUGGCACCCCAGCUACCAUGUCCCAGGUAGCCAAGGAUGUGUGCACCUUCCUGCGCUGGGCAUCCGAGCCAGAGCAUGACCAUCGGAAACGCAUGGGGCUCAAGAUGUUGAUGAUGAUGGGCUUGCUGUUGCCCCUGGUCUACGCCAUGAAGCGGCAUAAGUGGUCAGUACUGAAGAGCCGGAAGCUGGCAUAUCGUCCACCCAAGUGACCCUGCCGAAGGUCUGCUUGCCAUCCUGUUUGAAUGGGCCUUCAAGCCAAGAAGCCACCCUGGGUCUCUUUAGACCCCAGCUGGCCCUCUUGGCCAAGCCCCUCUUCUCUGGGACAAAAGGGGAGGGGGCAGGAGACCGGGCUGGAGCUCCAGAUCCUUCAGCUUCUAUCAUGGAAAUAAAUUAAGUUUCUCAAUAGAUA